AUGGAUAGCCCAAGUUCUUGUUCCACUACAUCCACCGAGUUGGCCUGUAUUGAGCGAAAUGACUGGCCUUGGAAUAAGCCAUCCAGGAUUGUUCUUCAACAGCCUUUUGCUUCGCGCAAUCCGUUUCGACAAGAACCUCGAGCAAACGUUGCGUACGACCUUCUCGAUGCAAUUCCAACUCGCUUUGAGAUUCAUCACGAGCGUGAACUGCACGGCCUGAACAACCAGGCGGCUGUUCGUUCUCUCGUUGCAGCUCUGACACUUGCAUUGCGUGCACGGACCUUGCACGGCUCUCUGGCCAUGCGAGACUUGGAAGGUUGGCAAUCCUUGCGAACGCGCGACGAUCAAGAUGCCGUCCUGGAAUUGGUGAAGGGGAUCUUUCAAUCACGCGGAUGGCAACCAAUCCUACAAGUUGGCAAAAGUCCCUCUGCACCCCCGCCUGUCCUUGCAUUACGCGGCCAGCGCACAAAACGGCGCGAGAGUGUCGAUAAGAUGCUCAAGGGUUUCAAGCUGAAGCCAAAACGCCGCAAUAGAGAAGCAACGUGGACGGCCAAGGAUUUGUUGCUGGCAGAGCGCGCAUCAACGCCACUCUUCUUUGACUUUUCUACAUCGUAA